AUGCAGUGUACAAAAAGCGUUUACCCAUUCCACGAUGGGAAAUAUGAGGACUUUGAGCCUAUCUUCAAGCACUUGAUCGAAAACGAAAUCAAUGAUGGCACAUCAAUUGAGUAUACACAAGCAUUCUUUCCCAUCGCCGAAGAGCUCACUUCAAAGGGCGACGAGGCCAUGCAGGCAGGCGAUUCGACAACAGCCUCAGAUUUGUAUCUGCGCGCCUGCACCGUGUACCGCAUUGCCCGUUUCCCAUACAUCACCGCCUAUCCGGAGAUCAGCUGCCCGGUCAAGUGGCGGGCAUGGGAGGCCCAGAAGGAGGUGUACAUGAAGGCCGGCCGCUCAUGGGCCGAGCCCGUCGAGGAGGUCAUUGUGCCGCAUAUCCAUCGCGCAGGUCGCGAUCGCGAGUCGAUCCCCGUGUACGUCCGCGUGCCCGCCGCCACUGCCGAGAACGGCACACCGUGUCCCGUUGUGGUUCUCAUGACGGGGCUGGAUGGCUAUCGUCCGGACAACACCGUGCGGUGCAACGAGUUCUUGGAUCGUGGCUGGGGCAGCGUAGUCGUUGAGAUUCCCGGCACGGCAGACUGCCCUGCGGAUUCGGCGGAUCCAGAGAGCCCCGACCGACUUUGGAGUAGCCUGUUGGACUGGAUGCAGCAUAUUGGGAUUUUCGACAUGACCCAUGUGAUGGUUUGGGGUUUGAGCUCGGGAGGAUACUAUGCCAUCCGUAUUGCGCACACGCAUAAGGAGAGGCUGAUCGGAUCGAUUGCUCAGGGGGCAGGAUGCCAUCACUUCUUUGAUCCAGAAUGGUUGGACUUUGCCGAUGGCCAUGAGUAUCCGUUCCAACUGACUCCGGCUAUGGCCAUGAAGCAUGGAUAUGACUCUGUCGAGGAUUAUAAGGACGGCGUGCAGAAGAAGUUCUCACUUCUUGAGACAGGGGUCAUCCAGAAGCCGUCCUGCAGGCUUCUGCUCAUCAAUGUAAGCAAUUUGGUAUAUCUCAUGGAUAAAUUCACCUUGCUGAUCAGACUAGGGGACUCUUGA